AUGGCUCUCGUUUCUCGACUGUUUCUGCACCGGCACUCCAAGAACAGCAGCAAGCAGGACAUCUAUACCGUCGAUGGUGACAAUGGAGAACCAUAUCAGCUACCUCGCAGAUCCAGCUCGUGGAAACAACUUUUUACACCAAAACAGAGGGAUGGGAAUUCGAGGUGGGCACCAACGUUGUCAGGAAUCGUCAAAGCCGGGGAUGAGGGCUUGUGGUCCUCCGCACUGUUCACCAACCCGCAUGGUCAUCCUGGGGAAGUUUCAUUCGAAGCAAUCUGCGAAAUGUUCGCCAACGAGCUUCGAUCACGCUCGAUGACGGAACGAUCUGCAUACUCCGGGGAGAUUGGUAAGUUCCUCAACUCGGCGAAGCGGGGUGCGACCGGGCCUAGGAGGGUGCAGUCGAUGUCAUACAAGAAGACCAAUAGUGGGCGAAAAGAAGUAGCGCCGCCAACACGGAAGAGCUUGGACAUGUCUACAGUUGAGAGAGGCCUUGGAAGGAGUUUGUCCAUCAAAAGGCCGGCGCCAGUUCUGGUUCCCAUGGGCAACGGACUGGUCGAGCAAGAUAGCACAAGCGCUGCCCAACGUGCAUGGAUGAAGAAAGGUCGACCAGCAGAGUACUACGACGGCCGAAUGAGCGUAAGACUCACGUCUGCAGAGUUUGCAGCCCUGUCUGUGAUACUAGGCAGCUCGAUCACGAGCACAUCAAGCAACACUGAAGCCAACGCUGUGUUCGUCGACAGAGGCGCCUUUGGUAUUUCGAUUUGGUCCACCUUCACCGAUGAUGGCAGACCAAAAAUCUCACUCAAGCAACACAAGCGCAACAUCUCGCAGCUGCCCUCUAGUGGGUCUGGCCACUCUUCACUCUUUGCAAAGCACCUCGCCUGCGGCUCUCUACCUUUCUCGCAGGAUGCGAAAUCGAUCAGUAGCAUCCUCGUCACAGACGAGACUUUCGAUGCAGUGCAAUUAGGCGCGCCACUCACAAUGCGCAAGCGAUCACAGCAGACACCACAAGCGAAGUUUCUCGCCACGCUACCAAGCUCCCGCGACCUGAUCUUCUACGCCAUCGAAGCAUCUACGAAAUCAAGCCCCUCGACUCCGCUCAUCGACGCCAUCGCACUGCUUCCGUUUUCCGGUGGUCUCACACCCCUCGCUUCUGCACCGCUCAUUGAGACGAUCCAAUUCGUCGCCUCAGGCGGCCUGCACCCUGGACGUCUUCUCCAACGCGUAGAGGGCCUUAUCGACAAAGUACAAAGACACUCGCCAAAUCUCAACAUCUUUGGUCCACUCCACGAACCUCAGAACGCAGGGCUACUCUUCCGCGAGCGGGAACGUCUUGGGAAGGUAGCAACCGGCGCCGUCACCGAAGAACUGGCAGAUAAAGUGGCUCGUGUGCAGCGCUAUGUUGCGCUUCUCGAGCGUCUUAUGGUUCUUGUGCCGGACAUGAAACCACAAGAAGUCCUCGCCGCAGUCCAGGAAGCUACAAAGAAAGAACUACAGCGCUCAUACAUAGAUGCCGUUGCAGCUCACGCCAGUACCCCUGGCUCGGCAUCACCAUCAUCUCUACCAACCAUCGUCGACACACACUGUCCUAAAUCCGACGCGCGCAGCAACCGCCGACACGCAUCCAACUCUUCACGUCCAUCUGCGCGCCGCUCUCCACGAUCAAGCCUUGAUUCUGCCUCCAAUGGCACGAUCACUUCGAACCCCGGUCGCCGGUCCAUGACCUUCCCUGAACACAAUCUUGGGAAGCAGGUCGAGACGCUCUUGAAGUCGGACCUGUCAUUUAGUGUCGAUACUAUCGCCGCUGUUGCAAGGCUGGUGAUUGUGGCGUGGACGCUGAGUGUUGAGACGGUUGCUUGGGAGGAGGGGGAGGAGGGGUUUAGGGUCCCGCGUUUGGAGGAGGUGCCGGGGGAGAUGAUCCUCGUCUGAGUCAAAUGUGGAUUGAGCAUGGGCAGGAGCGCAGCUUCUCAUGGCCACAGAUUGCCACAGAGGCACGUUUGGCAGUUGUGCAUUGAUUUUUGGCGUUUUCGGUUGGUUGAAGAUGAGAUACCAUUUCUAAUGUUCGCAAUGACGUAUAUGAAUAGAUGUAUAUUCUACUAUAU